AUGACGACGUCAACGUCGUCGCCGAGCAGCGCCGCGCCGCCGAACGCCGAGUAUUCUGGCGGGACGACGUCUUCUGUAGCGACGUCGUCGCCGUCGGGCUUCUACUACGAGCCUCCGAGUCCUUCGCAACACGCAGCCGCCGCUGCCGCCUACUUUGCACAGCACGGCUCCAUGUCCGCAUAUCCUGGAGUCAAUCUUUCUGAAGCCGUGAGUCAUUCAAACAAUCAUCGUUUUAUCGUUUCGUCAUUUUAAUUUUUGGUCAAAACUAUCCUGAACCCAGAUUUUCCGAAACGAUUUUUUUGCAUUUCAGGAAAUCUAAAUUCUUCUCAUCUUCAUGUUUAUUCUUAGCUCCUGUUGGUGUUUACUCAUUUUAAGUUACGACUGUCUAUUUUUUAGUUUUUAUUUUGAAUUUCUCAGAACUAUUUUCAGUAACUCUUCAUUAAUAAUGACAAACAGAACAUUAAAGAUGGCAUUAUUUGCCUUUUUUUUUAGUUUCUAUGCUUAUUUUUGGUUAACCAGGAAGAGCUGAAAAAACGGCUUCAAUCAGUUUUUUUUCUAUCACGCUCGACCAAUUAGACUCCGUCAGACGGUAUCGAAAACUAACAAGUGGAAUAAAUCUUUGAAACGACGCAAAUACAUCACCAAAGGUGCGAGCGAACGUUUUAAUGGCCCCAUUAAAUUGACAAAACGUCUUUUGCCGGAGGACCGCGACGCAAGUUUGACGCGUCGCGUGUAGCCUUCUUUCAACGAGAACGCAGUUUUUGAUUUUAAGAUUUAUCGGAUCUUAAAUUUAUCAAUCCAUUUCAUCCGAACUAAGAUUUAAAUCAAUUAGGAAAUUUCUCACUUAUGGACACAGUAGUUUUUUUAUUCUUUAUUAGUUUUAUCAAGUUUAACCAAAAACAAUCCACAUUUGAAAAUAUACACUGUAGUGUAUAAUUGAAUAAAACAAACGUGAGUUGACACGAUGUGCAAAUGAAAAAAAAAGAAAGAAAAAUGUGGCGAGUUGCCAAACGUCGGCCACGAUAAUGAGCCGAUUGGACUGCGGCGCCAGAUUUUUUGCCUCAGACUCGUCUUCCGGCCAACUUUUUGCAUUUAUCGCAGAAACCUUGUUUUCAAAAAUUAGACUUCUUCUUAACUUUUUUUAGAUAAUCGAUUAACAUCCAAAAAAAAGCUCCGCUCGUACUCUUCGCUCUGUUUAUUAUUAUAUAUUUUUUUAAUAUUCAAGAUCUUCGUAAUGCGAAAAAAAGGCCUGGGCUGUCAUUUGAUUCAAUUUCAAGUUUUGUUGUUUUUUGCUUUCAAAUUGCAUUUGAGUGAGAAGCGAGUGAACCGAUCGAUAAUCGGCCAUCGAUGCUUAUCUCCGGGCGCCUUUUUGAUUUAUUGUGACUAUACGGGCUGGGCGGACAGUUACAGUACUCUUUCCUCAAUUCCUUUUGUCCUUUUUGAUAACAGGUUUCGAAGAAGUUGGAGGUUCACUCGAUAUGAAAAGAACUUUCCAUGGAAAAAUUGAAAAAAAAAAAAUCAAAAAACGGAGGAAAAUUUUAAAGAUACACGACUCGAACCGCCAGAGUACGGCAUUUGGGGGCUGCAUGCAGAACGGUCGCAUCCUUUUUUGGGCGCGAAAUCGCAGUUCGGGUUUUUCUAAACUUUUUUUGUUAAUGAAUUUAAUUUUUUACGUUAGUUACCUCUCACUUUUCAGUCAUUUGCUUCAGCAUUUAUUGUAUCAAUGAAGAGAAAAGGUUUUCUCAAAAAAAGUACAUUAGUUCGACAAGUUUCUGAAUUCGCGCCAAAAGAGCGUCGCUACUCUGUGUGCGACUCACAAAUACGGCAACCCGGCGUUUCAAGUCGUGAAACAUGAGCUCUUUUUCCUAUAUUACCAUGUAAAUCCCCCGGAUUUUCGUUUCAGCUGAUUGAAAAAAAAAAGUUCUUGGAAGGAGUGAAAAGUAGUAAACAUUAAAUUUUUAGGGUCUGUGUUAUGGACAAGAGUGGAAGGAAGACGAGAAGGAGAAGAAAGACGACGACUCGGACAAAUCCGGUGCCUCCGGAGCCGCCGUCUACCCUUGGAUGACGCGAGUUCACUCCACAGCCAGUACGUUUCGCCAAAAAAAGGCCGACAAGCUUUUUUUUUCUCUACGAAGAAAAGCUCCAAAACUAGGGACAAUAAAUAAGAAGAAGCUUAGAGGAGCGAAAAACAGUUCCGCUGGACGUCUAUCGGGGCAAAUAAUUCAUCGGAAAGCGCGGCGCUCCGCCUCAUAAAUCAAGAGCACACGCGCCAUGUUGCGAUCUGCUUUGUUCUCCGUCAGGACUAAUCGAUUCGUCGUCCCUCCAAAUAACUUGAUUCUCUGCUUUUUUGAUUCAAAUUUUAGGAACUUCACGAAAAAAAGCCAAAGCUCUAUUUCCGACUCACAAAAAAAACUACUUAGUUACGAAAUAUGGAUUAUUUCACCAUUGAGAAUCAUUACACUAACAUUAUUUUCAGAUUUAGAGUUUUAUUUUAUUUUGUUUAAUGAAACUGGUUUUUCGAGAAGUAGAGUCAAGCAACACGGUCUGUCUUUCAUGUCUUUCACCUUUUUACAGUCCUGGAGCGAGUUCCUUCAAUGCCAAGCAACUAGCCUUUGUUAUUUUUUAGGCGUUUCAGACGUAUUUAUACUAUGAAAAAAUUUUGAACCCAGAAAUUUCAAUGAAAACCAGUUCAAAAGAGAUUUCAUUAAUAUCUGACAAGAAAGGUCAUUUUACUUUGCGAUUAAGAUUUUUCUAAAAAUCGGCAAGAACACUCAUUGAUAACCCAGAGGGAAAAAUCUCGACUUGUACAGAUUCCUGGUUUUUGAAAAAGUCAAAUAAAAACUUCAAUGAGUCAAAAAGGCUAAUUUUGAGGCUUUCAGGCCUCACCUAUCUUGAAAACUAGAGAGUUUGGCAGGUUGUGAAUUUCAGAAUCUUCUUUUAGUACAACGAGGUGUGUUCCCGUCAAAUUUCAAAAAUUUCAAAUUUCCAACCGCAACGUAAAAUGAUUUUCUUGGCGAAAGGAGACGAGUUUGAGCGACGCCUUUUCACGUUUUCCGGUUUUCAUGGCUUUUAAACAAUUUUUUUUCAUUUUUUCCAUCAAUUUUUGAGGAUGUCGGAAAGAUUUGGAACUGUAGAUCAAUUUAUCAGAGUUCUUUGGUCGCUGAAACCGCUCGAAACACAAAAAAAUCUUAAAUUUUUAAUAUUUUUUUAAAUUGGAUUCAAUGAAAGAAGAAAAAAAGGUUAUAGGUUCUCCCUAUUUUAGUAGGUGGAAACUAGAGAUAAAUAACCAAGCUACCGUAAUCUGCGGGGGUCAAAAAGAAGACGUCGCGUGUCACGUCUCUAUCGGUCUCGGCUCCGCCGUCUUCCGCCGGCGACUUGUCGGUACGCCUACGAGCUGAGCACUUUCAACAAUCAAUUCUUCGGAAUCAGAUAAUUUUCUGAAUCAUGCACAGUUUGGACUUGUUGAGAACUCUGGAAGAAUCCUCGGUAGAAAUUGAUGAAAAAGGACCGAACGAUGGCCGUCAGGUGCCGGCGACCUGUCACAACAUUGACCACAGCAAGUCCGCGAGACGGGUGUAAACGACGGCGUCCUUUUGAUCCGCUGAUCGAUUAUCGCUUAAACAAGUUGUCCUCGCAGAAGCUCGCGGCUCCUUUCAUCUCCGGGCGGCCUGAUUUCGCAGAUGCUCACGAUUUGAUACCAAUAAGUUAUUCCGUCUAGAGACCCAAGUUUUUAGAAAAACUAUUUUGCCACCGUCUGAGAUAGAACGAGAGGUAAUAUUUAAAAAUAUGCGGAAAGCUGAAAACUAUAAAUUUUCAAUUUAUCUCAAGUUCUUUCCUGAGGAACUUUCUCAUUUAACUUUUUCAAUAGCAAUGAAAUUUUUGUAUGAGCUCUACCGUUUUGUUCUCUACCGUGCCAAGAAACGACAAACCGAAACACAGCCCAACAAGUGGACGCUUGUUCAAGGUUUUUUUCAAAUGUAGUACUUGCUUUGAGAACGCAAAAUGCGAAAAAUUGCAGCGAACGUUUCAAAAAUAAAAAUUAACUUACAUAUAGUCAGGGAACCAAAAGAUCAAAGCACUGUGUCCCGCAUACAAAAUAUUCAUGAAGAAGCAGAAAAUAAUUGACUUUUCUAUCGAAGGAAUACAUCAAAUGAAUACAUAACUUCAGCAGCUAUUUAGGAUGAAAUUUGUGUUUAUUGGUUCGAAAAAAAACCUCUUUUUGCGCAUUAAGUCACUUAAUUUAAGUGGAUCCUCCAGGAGGCAGACGAGCAGGUGUUUGCCUCUGGGAACCGGCGUUUUCCCACGGCUUCAGUCCAUCUGGGUCGCCUCGAGACUCGGCACCUUGCGAAUCCGGCAAAUGGAUGACGUUUCGUCACGUACAUCAAGGCCGGAAGAAGUCGCAAAGGAACAGUGAUUCAAUAGUUACCACUCAGAGAUCAAAUUUAUUCACUCGGGUCUUUUGAAGUUUUAUAAAAACGGCUUUUUUUUCGUGAAAUUUUUAGCUGAAUUUUGGGGGAGAAAUCGAAAGAAAUAGAGUUAGUGCAUAUACUGAUGUAUUUUUAGUAAUCUGGAUGAAAGAAGAACCUUGAAAGAGAAAUUACUUUUUUAUGCUAUUUUUUGACAGAAUUUGAACGAUAUAAGCCGAUUUAAGUCACUUUCUGAAUGAACUUUUCAGAAUAUCGUUGACUUCUCGCUUUUUUCCGAAAAUUACCCGCUCAAGAUUUUCUUUUCUGUGCGUCUCAAUGAUCUUUCACCGCCAGAGACAUAUUUACACUGUUAGAAAAAGACUCAAAUCAAGAAAUUUUCUAUAAACAAGAAGUUUUUAAGGUCACCAAUGCUCUUCUAGCUUUUUUAAGACGCGCAGAUCUUAUUCAAACAUUAAGAAACCUCGUUUUAUUUCACAAUUUUCCUUUGUCAAUCAAAUUCCUGCGUCUCAAAUUUGCUGUUUUACACGACCAUUAUGCGAGUCGACGAUUUUUCUUUCUGCCUGCAAUUUUGAUGAGCGAGCAAUUGCGGAGGCCGCAAAAAGCCGCGAUUGUUCCAUUUUUCAUCUGUCGGGUCUUGCGCUGACGUCGCGACGGCGACACGAGCACGCCAUUUCUCACUGAUUUUCGGGGGUCGCUCCCAGUUAGAAGAGCUCAGUUCGAAUGUUCUCGUUCAUGAAAAUUCAGCUUUUCCAGUUUUCUUCAGCAUACCAUUGAACGUUGACUUCGUUCGGAAGUCCCCAUCUUUGGAAGAGAAAAAAAAAGAAGCUUCGUACCAUUGUAAUCUUGAAUUCGAUCCAUUGAAUUAAUUCAAACGCUGUUGAAGCCAACAAGAAAUGUUCUUCCCGUGAGCACGCAUAGUAAGAAACUCAUAAAUUCUCGGCUUUCCUGGGUAUCGGGUCGACCGAUCUGUUUUGAUUUACGAUUGCACCACUCUUCUCUAUUCUCAACAAAAUGGAACAUGGGCUCAAAGGAAGUGGUUCCCAUUCGAAAAUGGAACAGAAAUUCAUUAACACUGUCAAGGACUUCGAAUAAAUAAGUUUAAAAGUUUUCAGGUGGACCGCGAGGCGAAAAACGACAACGUACAGCUUACACUCGGAACCAAGUUCUUGAACUGGAAAAGGUUUUCAUUUUAUCCUUUUCCGUACUUUGCGAGUUUCAACUUUCAUUCAACUAACCCACUUGUGAUAAAAAAGUUUAGGAAUUCCAUUUCAACAAAUAUUUGACGCGCAAGCGGAGGAUCGAAGUCGCCCACGCCUUGAUGCUCACAGAAAGACAGGUUUUUGUUGCCAAAUUAUUUAUCAACUUUUCUCUUUUUGGAACUUUAACUUCGAAAGAAAAAAACCUAAUUGAAUUGAGAACUUGAAAAAUUAGGAAGCUUCAGUAUAUCUAAGCGAACUUGCAAAUUUGUUUUGAUAGAAGAUAAUCUGAGAAAAUUUUUCAGGUGAAGAUUUGGUUCCAAAAUCGGCGGAUGAAGCAUAAAAAAGAAAAUAAGGUUUGUCAUUUAUGUUCUUUUAUUAAUGCGAUGAUAUAUUUUUAAAAAGAAUCGAACGUCCGUCUUGUAGAGCUUUUUCAUUGGGUUCGCAUCUGCCGCAGUUCGAAAGAAAUGACAAAAAAACAGAAAAAAAUAAUAUUAAAAAAAGAAAAGAAGCUGAAUCUAUAGCUUUAUGAACUAGAUAAUCGGGACUGCAUUUAGGAAGUCCAAAAUGUGUAAUAAUCUCAAAUAUAUUCUUUUUUCUGAUUUCAAUCAUGUUUUUCGAAACUGUUCAUUGGCUGUCGCAAUGGAAAGUAAUAGACUGUUUCGUUUGAAAGAUUGCCUUGCACGACAAUUGAAACAUCUAUUUGACUGUCACAAAAACGUCAACGAGCCGGCGCACAUGUUGCCAUUUCGGAGCCUCGAGCCGUGGCAAGUCUGUGGCGGUGGAAUGUCGUCUGAUGGACAGUCUCCUUUUUUUGAAUCCAUCAGACAAUUAUGCAAAAAAAUUAGUAUUCUCCAAGUUUUUCACGAACCUUUCUCCGAAAGCUUUUAUUUUCUAAGAAUACCGAUACGAAUUAUUUGAAUUACAAAAGCUUGACAUUUUUGGGUUAGUGUUUUUGAACGAAGAUACCGGAGUAAUGAUGGAACAUUCUGAAACACAAAGAAACUUUAAAGAUUUUACGGCUUUCAAAAAACAUGAUUUACGACCAAGAACCGGUUUUCAGUUCGAGGAUAAGCCGUUGACGCCACAGAUGAUGUCAUUCGGAGCGAAUCCUCUGCAGUUCGCCUCCUUCAGAUUCCCGUUGUUCAACCAGUUCGGUGGCUGCUGA